AUGGAUUUGGACCAUGAUCUUGGCUUGCCUUUCUGCCUAGCAUGCCAGUGUUUCUGUCUGUGGGAUGUGCCUACAGUCAUCAGUGUGACUUCAUCAAAAGGGACCCUGGUGCCCAGAGAUCUGACGUCAGGAGGAAGACCACAUUACUACGUGUCUUACCAGUGGAAUGCGUUUGCCCAAAUGAAGCUUCCGAAAUACGCUUUGCCCAAGGAUAUGCAUGUCAUUAGCACAGAUGAGAACCAAGUGUUUGCAGCAGUCCAAGAAUGGAACCAGAAUGAUACCUACAACCUCUACAUCUCAGACACCCGAGGUGUCUACUUCACAUUGGCCUUGGAGAAUGUCCAGAGCAGCAGAGGUCCUGAGGGUAACAUCAUGAUUGACCUCUAUGAGGUAGCAGGGAUAAAGGGAAUGUUCUUGGCUAACAAGAAGAUUGACAACCAAGUGAAGACCUUCAUCACAUACAACAAAGGCAGAGACUGGCGUUUGCUGCAGGCACCAGACACAGAUCUCAGAGGGGACCCUGUGCAUUGCUUGCUGGGUCUCAUGCAUGCUAAAGUGCACCCUUCUUCUAAUGGACAUUUACGGCCCUAUAAGCAGAGUCCUGACCAGGACCUCAACUGGUAG